AUCCCAUCCCAUCCCAUAUUUUCUACUCCUUCCAUCUCUGGUGAUCGAUUAGCCAAGAAGACGAGGAGGAGCCUCUCUUCGCGUUCGCCAAAUCUAGGGUUUCACUCGCUUCGCCAUCCAUGGCCUCCACUAAUCCUCUCGCCCCCAAGGCUGAUCAAGAAUCUGAAGGUUCAUUUCAGAAUACUGCUGAUAUGACCGCAUUUGUUCAAAACCUUCUGGUGCAGAUGCAAACCAGGUUCCAGGCAAUGUCUGAGGGCAUAGUUGCAAAGAUAGAUGAAAUGGGAAGCAGGAUAGAUGAACUGGAGAAGAGCAUCAAUGACCUCAAAGCCGAGAUGGAGGUAGACAGUCCAAUAAAACCAAAUCCUGAAGAGGAUAAGCCUUCCAAUGAAUCUUCAUAAGCCUUCAAACAGUCGAGAAGUGAGCUGCAACCUCAGAUCCUACAAGUGUUUUGAAGACCAAGUCAACAUGAUGAUUUUAGAUGAGCUUCUUAUUUUACUGCUGUAGUGGUUUAUGUAAAGCUACAUUGUUUCCUUUUAGCUGAGAACAAAAAAAAAAGUUUUUUGCUUGUACUCUAUUAAGUUUCAGUUAUUAAACGCAGGGAACGGUUAGGAAACACAGUAGUCACUGCCUGUGUCCCAAAGGUUGGGUGCAUUAACAGUGAUUUCGAUGCACCCAUGUGAUUCUUAUGUUCCAGGUAACAUGCUAAUUAUGGUGAUUUGUUAUACCUGAGCAUUGAUUGCAACUA